CGCGGAGCUGUCCUCGCGCUGGUGCUGAAACAAGAUGGCUGUGCGUGCGAGAGGAGCGGAGGAGAGCUGAGGGAUGCAGAGACAGCGAGAGAGACGGCAAAGUGAGGGGAGCCUUUCAACAGCAAAAUAAAUAGCCAUAUCCGUGAAGAACGCACGGAUUCCCUUGUAAUGAUGUCUUCGAAUAGAUUUUAUGUCCACUAUGGCAAUAUUUAGCGUAUGUUUAGACGUACAUCUGUAGCCUACACCGGGAGGUAACUGAGGAGUAGCCAAGCGAAGCAGUGAAGACCCAGCCGGCCAGUAGAGGACAGCCGGGGACGCUCAGCGCUGCUGUCAGAGAUGUCCCUGCUCUGUGUCGGAGUGAAGAAAGCCAAGCUGGAUGGAGCCCAAGAGAAGUUCAACACGUAUGUGACCCUGAAGGUGCAAAAUGUGAAGAGCACGACCAUCGCUGUCCGGGGAAGCCUGCCCAGCUGGGAGCAGGACUUCAUGUUUGAGAUUAACAGGCUGGACCUGGGGCUGACGGUGGAGAUGUGGAAUAAAGGCUUAAUAUGGGACACCAUGGUUGGCACGGUGUGGAUCCCCCUGCACAGCAUCCGCCAAUCAAACGAGGAGGGUCCGGGGGACUGGCUGACCCUGGACUCCCAGGUUAUCAUGGCGGACAACGAUAUCUGUGGAACCAAAGACCCCACUUUACACCAGGUGCUGCUGGACACACGCUUUGAACUGCCUCUCGAUAUCCCUGAGGAAGAGGCACGCUAUUGGGCCAAAAAACUGGAGCAACUCAAUGCCAUGAGAGACCAAGAUAUAACUAACCAGGACUCGUACCAGGAAGACCCGGAGCGACCACUUCCUGUCCCAGGGACACAGUGCUGUAACUGGAGUCUGUGGGGAGAACAACAAAAUGAGGACCCAGACAGUGCUGUGGAUGACCGAGACAGUGACUACCGCAGUGAGACCAGUAACAGCAUCCCUCCCCCCUACUAUACCACGUCUCAGCCCAACGCCUCCGUCCACCAGUACCCCAUCAGAGACCAGCAGCACCGCCAGGGGACCCGCCCCUCCUCCUACCCCCCUUCCAACAGCUGUGGCCCCCUCGACUACCACCAGAGGGCCAUCAGCCCUACGGGAAGCUAUGCGUCGUCGGCAGAGUUGAGUCGCUGCAGCAGCCAGCUGAGUGAGGAGGAGUACGGCCCGGAGUACAGAGAGAGGGAUCCUUACGAUGAGAACGACUCUUACCACUCCUGUCACUCCUCUGUCACCUACAGCAAGGGCUCUCCCGACUGGGACCCUGACGAGACCCAGGGGGGGUACAGCGAUGAGGGGGGCUACAGUAAGGACGGGGGUGAGGAGGGGGCCCUCUAUGAGGAGGAUGACGGGGGCCUGUAUGAGGAAGAGGGGACAUAUGAAGGAGAGGAGGGCGAGAUUUAUGACGAUGAGGAUUACCCUCUGGACGGCACCCUCAGUGAGGAUAUGGAGGUCCCCUACACCCCCACCCCCACCAGCACGGCACCCCCCACACUCGACGUCCCCGGUGCUUCUAGACCCCCCCUGGAAAAACAGCCUUCUCUGCAUCAACAUCAGGCGCCACCCGUCCAGCCGCCCAGCCAAGCCCCAAAUCAAGCCCACCCUCCGGCCAUGGCUCCAGGAGGACAGCCCCUGGGUCAGCCACCCACCCAGGCUCCUCAACCACAGUCUCAGCCCCAGCCAGUCCCCGGCCCAGCACCAGCCCAGUCCUUCUUCUCCAUGGCAAAGCCCUUCUCAGCAGCAGUAACAGGCCUGGCCUCAUCUUUUCUGUCUUCUGGACUCCCCACUGCCCAAACUGCCCAGCCUCACCCCCCAGGCCCACAACCCCAGGCUCACCCCCCAGGCUCACAACCCCAGCCCCAGUCUGCCUCCUCCAUUCCCCCGUCUCACCCUGCCACCGGGGCCCCUUCUCCUCAGGGCACCCAGUCCACAACCACUGGCCCUCCCUCCCAACCGACCCCCUCCACUGCCCCCCCCUCUCAGGCCCAGCCCCCUGCCCAAACAACUCCCCAAUCAGAGGGCCCCGAUUCCAAACCCCCCCUGCCGGAGGACCAACACCUUCUAGAGGAAAACGAACCCCUUCUACCCGAGGUUAGGAUCCCCACCCCCAUAGAGGAGGAACCCUCCAUGGAAGACGAGGAGCUGAGGUUUGACGAGAGCCGCCCCCCCCACCCCCAUAGAGGAGGUGAGCCCAUCCCUGAGAGUGGCCCUGUAGAUGAGGAGCCCAAGGAGCCGGUGGACCCGUCGCUGCGGGCUAGAGAGAACUGGCUACGAAUCAUCAACAGGGUCCAACAGCAGCUUCGGGAGGCACGAGGAGAGACAUCCAAUUCUUUGUGGUUUGGUAAAGGAGGGGUGGGAGAGGUUUUGUACAGCAUCGACAGCAUGCCUGAUCUGCGCAAGAAGAAAGGCCCCUGCCUGGUCAAAGACCUGUUACAGGCCAUGUCUAUGGCCUCUCAGAACGCUCGGAAGGCUGGGAUCACCACAGCGAUGGCAUGCAGCACCCUCGGCAAUGAGGACCUGAAAAGUCACGUUUAUAAGAAGACCCUACAGGCUCUGAUCUACCCCAUCUCCUGCACCACGCCCCAUAACUUUGAGGUGUGGACGGCCACCACUCCCACCUACUGCUAUGAGUGUGAGGGGCUGCUGUGGGGCAUCGCCCGCCAGGGCAUGAGGUGCUCCGAGUGUGGGGUCAAAUGUCACGACAAGUGUCAGGACCUGCUAAAUGCCGACUGCCUGCAGAGGGCAGCGGAGAAGAGUUCUAAGCACGGGGCAGAGGACAGAACCCAGAACAUCAUCAUGGUUCUAAAGGACAGAAUGAAGAUCAGAGAGAGGAACAAACCGGAAAUCUUCGAGCUCAUCCAGGAAGUGUUUACCGUCGUCAAGGCGACGCACGCCACGCAGAUGAAGCAGAUCAAACAGAGCGUGCUUGAUGGGACGUCCAAGUGGUCGGCCAUGAUCAGCAUGACUGUGCAGUGUGCUCAGGGCCUCCAGGCCAAGGACAAGACUGGUUCCAGUGACCCCUACGUCACAGUUCAGGUGGGCAAGACCAAGAAGAGGACCAAGACUAUCUACGGCAACCUCAACCCUGUCUGGGAGGAGAACUUCCACUUUGAAUGCCACAACUCGUCGGACCGUAUUAAGGUACGCGUGUGGGAUGAGGACGAUGACAUCAAGUCCAGGGUGAAGCAGAAGUUCAAACGGGAGUCAGAUGACUUCCUGGGUCAGACCAUCAUCGAGGUCCGCACGCUCAGCGGAGAGAUGGACGUCUGGUACAACCUGGACAAGAGAACAGACAAGUCAGCUGUGUCUGGAGCCAUCCGGAUGCACAUCAGUGUAGAGAUCAAAGGAGAGGAGACUGUGGCUCCCUACCAUGUCCAGUACACCUGUCUACAUGAGCACCUGUUCCAGUACACUACAGAGGUGCAGAACAGUGGUGUGGUGAAGAUCCCUGAUGCUAAAGGAGACGACGCGUGGAAGGUGUACUUCGAGGAGACUCCCCAGGAGAUCGUGGAUGAGUUCGCCAUGCGUUACGGAGUGGAGUCCAUCUACCAGGCUAUGACCCACUUUGCCUGCCUGUCGUCUAAGUACAUGUGCCCGGGCGUGCCCGCGGUGAUGAGUACCCUGCUGGCCAACAUCAAUGCUUACUACGCCCACACCACCCAGUCCACCAAUAACGUCUCGGCAUCAGACCGCUUCGCCGCAUCCAACUUUGGAAAGGACAGGUUUGUGAAACUCCUAGAUCAGCUCCACAACUCCCUGAGGAUUGACCUAUCUAUGUACCGGAAUAACUUCCCAGCCAGUAGCCCUGAGAGGCUGCAGGACCUCAAAUCCACUGUAGACCUACUGACCAGCAUCACCUUCUUCAGGAUGAAGGUCCAGGAGCUGCAGAGCCCCCCCAGGGCCAGUCAGGUGGUGAAGGACUGUGUUAAAGCCUGUCUCAACUCCACCUAUGAAUACAUCUUCAACAACUGUCAUGAACUCUACAGCAGAGAGUACCAGACAGACCCUGCUAAGGCUGACGUUCCAGAAGAGCAGGGUCCCAGUAUCAAGAACUUGGACUUCUGGUCAAAACUCAUCACCCUCAUCGUCUCCAUCAUAGAGGAAGACAAGAACUCCUAUACACCCUGUCUCAACCAGUUUCCUCAGGAACUGAAUGUGGGCGUGAUCAGUGCAGAGGUCAUGUGGAACAUGUUUGCUCAAGAUAUGAGAUAUGCCAUGGAGGAGCAUGAGAAGAACCGGCUGUGUAAGAGUGCUGAUUACAUGAACCUGCACUUCAAGGUGAAGUGGCUCUACAACGAAUACUGCAAAGAGCUGCCCACCUUCCAGAAACGUGUACCGGAGUACCCAGCGUGGUUCGAGCCGUUUGUCAUCCAGUGGUUGGACGAGAACGAGGAAGUGUCCAGAGACUUCCUGCACGGUGCCCUAGUGAGGGACACAAAGGACGGGUUCCAGGUGACGUCAGAGCAUGCUCUGUUCUCCUGUUCGGUGGUGGAUGUGUUCUCUCAGCUCAACCAGAGCUUUGAGAUCAUACGCAAGUUAGAAUGUCCUGACCCCCAGAUCGUAGGCAACUACAUGAAGAGAUUCGCCAAGACCAUCGGGAACGUUCUGCUGUCCUAUGCUGAGAUCAUUUCCAAAGAGUUCCCUAAACAAUGUGGGAACAAAGAGAAAGAGAAAGUGCCCUGCAUCAUCAUGAAUAACAUCCAACAGCUUAGAGUGCAGCUGGAGAAGAUGUUUGAGGCCAUGGGAGGCAAAAAUCUGAACGUGGAGGCCAGUGACUUCCUGAAGGACCUGCAAUUAAAGCUCAACAACGUCAUGGACGACCUUAGUAGGAUCUUUGCCGUCAGUUUUCAGCCCCAGAUUGAGGAAAAUGUAAAGCAGAUGGGAGAUAUCUUGGGCCAGGUGAAGGGACAGACUGUUACAGACAACAACAGCGUGGCCGGGGAUGCAGACAACGUCCUGCAGCCCAUCAUGGACUUCCUCGACACCAAUCUGUCGCUGUUUGCUAAGAUCUGUGAGAAGACUGUGCUGAAGAGAGUGCUGAAGGAACUGUGGAAACUGGUCAUUAACACUAUGGAGAAAAGCAUUGUGCUUCCCCCGUUCACAGACCAGUCGGGCACUCAGAUGAUCUUUAAUGCAGCUAAGGAGUUGGGUCAGCUUUCUAAGCUCAAGGAGCACAUUGUGAGAGAGGAGGCCAAGGCUCUCUCCCCUAAACAGUGUGCCAUCAUAGAGCUGGCAUUGGACACCAUUAAGCAAUACUUCCAUGCGGGUGGUGUGGGUCUGAAGAAGACGUUCCUGGAGAAGAGUCCUGACCUGAAGUCUCUGCACUACGCCCUGUCCCUCUACACACAACACACUGACAAGCUCAUCAGGAAGUUUGUCCUUUCACAAAACGCUCAGGUCCAUGGAGGGAAGGGGGUCAGGUAUACCCUCAACGAAGACACAUUACCAGAAAAGGGGUCGGGAGUGGAGGAGCCAAUCGGAGAGGUGGUAAUGCACGUGGAGAUCUACACCCAUCCCAACACUGGAGAACACAAGAUCACUGUGAGAGUGAUUGCUGCUAAUGACAUUAAGUGGCAGACCCAGGGGAUAUUUCGUCCCUUCGUGGAGGUCUACAUCAUUGGUCCCCACCUCACUGACAAAAAGAGGAAGCACGCCACCAAGUCCAAGAAUAACAGCUGGUCGCCCAAGUUCAACGAGACCUUCCAGUAUUCCUUGGGCAGUGAGUUGGGUCCGGAGGGCUAUGAGCUGCAGGUGUGUGUGAAGGACUACUGCUUCGCCAGGGAGGACCGUACGGUGGGCAUGGCCCUGAUGCAGUUGAAGGACAUGGCCUCCCGGGGCAGCAUGACAUGCUGGCUCCCCCUGGGGAAGAGGGUCCACAUGGACGAGACGGGCCUGACGGUACUGAGGAUCCUGUCCCAACGCAACAACGACGACGUGGCCAAAGAGUUUGUCAAGCUCAAGUCAGACCAGCGCUCUGCCGAGGAGGGACGGGCGAGCUGAGAGGGAGAGUAGAGAUGGGCCUAGUGAUCAAGAUACUGAUUUAGAUACACACACACACACACACACACACACACACACACACACACACACACACACACACACACAGUUACUAAUACAAUACUGGCAUGUUUAUGUCAUAUAAACACAGUCAUGAACACACUAAUCAUCUCUAAUCACAUAAUGAGAUAAACACAGAGGUGACCAACAGUUCCUUUGAGCACCUGUCAAUGAACCAAUCAAUUUAUCAAUCCAUUUCUACUGCUCUCUCUCUCAUUAUCUCUCUUUCACUCUUGCAUAUUACACAUUUUAUAUAUAUUUAAUGCAGAAAUGUGAGAAACAAAUAUUUGAUGAGUUAUGGUGGAGUUAUAGAGACAGAUGACUUUGCACUUUGACCUCUCGGCAUGUUCAAGAGAGCAGCCCUAAACCCCAACUCUUACUUCUCCGUCUGUUCCUAUUAAUCUGUCUGUGGGUUUAUCAGUGUGUUCUCUUUCGCUCUCUUUCCUUUUCUCUAUGUUGUGCUCAGUCUUCCUGUCAUGUGAUGUGCUCUGGGUAGAAGUAGACCUCAGUGACAGAUCUAGGAUCAGCUUACACAGUUGUCCUGGCUUUCCCUGUUGGGGAGAGGGAAAUGUAACAUUGAUCUUAGAUCAGCGUCUGGGUGCAGCUUCAUCCUAUCUCGUGUGAUGAUGUACUUCCUGCAUGUUGAACCCAAUUCUCAGAGAACACUGUGAUUAAUUAGCUGAUACCACGGCAACAGCUGUACAGCCCCCGCCCCCCACGGACACUUGACACCUUAUACCUGUGUGCACGGUGCAUAUGACCUGGUAUAAUAAGGGUUAACAUAAUAAUAACCUUUGUAACCAUGAAGAAAACUACUAUCCAGUAAAAAACUAAGUGAGGAAAGAAGAAUGUGCCGACGUUUGAUAUGAAUGUGUAUUUUGUAAGACACGCCAGUCUUUCACAUGAGUUGAGGUUAGCCUAGGUUUGGAUCAGAGUUGUUGGAUGUUAGUGUGUUUGGAACACACCGUAUGGCCAUGUUGUAUAUAGACACUGAGAUGGUGCCGCAGACCCAAACAUGUACCUUUUGAAGAUGGUCUGCUCUUUUUACAUACUCACCUACCCUAGCAAUGGCCCUGGCCUGACAUUACUAUAAAGGAGUAAUACUAGCCAAUAGAUGGUUGAUUCAACCCCUCAUAAACCCCCUUCUAUGUUCCCUUGAAAGUGCACAAAUACUGCAAAGGGCUACAGGACCAGCAGACAUAGACAUUACAUAGACACUGCCUGGUCACUUCUCCCGUCUGUGUCUGUGAGAAUUGAAUAAAUAUGUUUUCUGUGCUAUGGGCCAUAAGAUAAAACUAACCCAUAGGCCACUAUAUACAGUGAGCUCCAGAAGUAUUGGGACAGAGACACAUGUUGUGUGGUUUUGGCUCUGGACUCCAGCACUUUGGAUUUGAAAUGAUACAAUCACUUUUCAUUUAGAAACUUUUUGUACAUAGUCCCUCCCAUUUUAAGGGACCAAAAGUAUUGGGACAAAUUCACUUAUAUGUGUAUUAAAGUAGUUAAUUUCAGUAUUUGGUCCCACAUUCCUUGCAAGUAAUGAUUACAUCACUCUUGUGACUCUACAAAUUUGUUGGAUUAAUUUGCAUGUUUGUUUUGGUUGUGUUUCAGAUUGCUACAUGCUAACAUCCCAUGAUAUUGUAAAGGUGAGAGGUUAGCAUAUCUUGGGGGUAUGAUAUUGUGUGUCUAACAUUCUCACUCAUCAUUAUUCACAAUUAAUUCAGGAUUAGCCAUAGCAUCUAUAUUCAUGUAGAAGUGUUUAGAAACAUAUUAUAUUCUUAUUUACAAUAAAAGUGACUCUAAAAUGAAACAAUACAUUAUUUACCAAUAAUUUCUAUUGGGCACAAAAUUAUCUGAAACAACCAAAACAAACCGCAAAUGGAUCCAACAAGCUUGUAGAGUCACAAGCUUGAUGUAGACUUUGGGUACUAGGCAUAUGGGACCAAAUACUACACUUUUGACUACUUUAAUACAUGUGAAAGUGAAUUUGUCCCCAUACUUUUUGUAAUUUCUAAAUGGUUCACCCGAUAUGGAUGACAAUAUCUUAAAAGUAAAGCUGACAGUCUGCACUUUAACGUCAUUGUAUCAUUUAAAAUCCAAAGUGCUGGAGUUCAGAGCCAAAACAACAACAAAAUGUAUCACUGUCCCAAUACUUUUGGAGCUCACUGUUCACCAUAAGGUCACUACAGAGCAACUGCAUGGUUUCUCUGACUGCCUUUUCAAUCAUCUGUUUCUGUGUUUUUAAGGCAAUACCUAUUUGUCUGUUUUGACAAUUUGGCCCUGCAUUUUUCUGAGGAUAAGCUUUAGCCUGUUUUGGAGUAUGGCUGUAUGUGUCUGUCUGUGUCCGUCUGUUCUGUCCUACCUGAUUUCAGUGUUUAUUUGUGGUAUGUAGAGGCAAGCAAUAUAACCCCUAAUCACUGGAAACCUGUGGCAUGCCCAGGAAUUCCAACUGCAAUACCAUGAUCCAAGGAGUGGAAUGCCAAUCUCACAUUUUCAUUGGACCACUGAGUGGGAAAUUCCCUGUUAUAAUGGACUCAUCUCAAUUUCCUUCUCAUAGGACAUGUGUGUGUUUUUCUUGGCAUAGAGGGAAAUACUUUGGGAAUACUGUACAUUGGAGAGAAUGAAUUUCAGCUUACAUUAAGAUCUCUCCUAUCUGCUGUUCAGUCAGCUCCUGGUCUGACUUUUCCAGAGGAUGACUUUGCAAAGAUUGUGAUGAAUGGACCAACUCAAAUGGACCAGCUAGUGUUUUUCAAAGACUUGUGUUGGCUAUUAGAAGUGUCAACGCCCAAGCCAUCGUAGUAGUUUAAUAAUACCACAUCAAGGCAUCGUAGUAGUUUAAUAAUACCACAUCAAGCCAUCGUUGUAGUUUAAUAAUACCACAUCAAGCCAUCGUAGUAGUUUAAUAAUACCACAUCAAGGCAUCGUAGUAGUUUAAUAAUACCACAUCAAGCCAUCGUAGUAGUUUAAUAAUACCACAUCAAGCCAUCGUAGUAGUUUAAUAAUACCACAUCAAGGCAUCGUAGUAGUUUAAUAAUACCACAUCAAGGCAUCGUAGUAGUUUAAUAAUACCACAUCAAGGCAUCGUAGUAGUUUAAUAAUACCACAUCAAUCCAUCGUAGUAGUUUAAUAAUACCACAUCAAGCCAUCGUAGUAGUUUAAUAAUACCACAUCAAGCCAUCGUAGUAGUUUAAUAAUACCACAUCAAGCCAUCGUAGUAGUUUAAUAAAACCACAUCAAGCCAUCUAUAUAUCAACCACCCACUCAGCACGUAAAGAUCUGUUGAUGUGCCCGUGAGCAAGGCACUUAAACCUAAUUUGCUCCAGGGGCGCCCUACCCAACCCUUCCCGUUUUCAACUAUGGCUGACUGUAAAACAACACAUCUCACUGGCUCUCUCCAGUGUGUCACAAUAUCGUUUUUUUAUUACUUUUCUUUUUGACAAUGCAAAUGCCAUAUGGGUGUUGGCACAAAAUGCUUAUAUUGUGAUGUUUGUGCUUGUUGUACAUGAGUUUGAAUCAACACUUUUCACAGCUAGAGCGCAACAUGGACUGUGUCAUGUUGCAUUGUGGAGGGAGAGCUAAUACAUUAUUCUUUUUUUGUUUUUAUCUUCUGAGCUUCUGUUUAACCAAAGGCAAGGCUUCUGAAUGUCAUUUCACAUCACAUGAUCAUGACAGCUGACAGUACUGCUAGUGGUGCUUCUGAUAGUACAUGUAUGACUUCAUUUAACUCCAAGAACCUGCUCUUUGUUACCACUCAUAGAAAGACUGCACACACACGCACAUAUAUACACACUAACAUAUGCGCAAGCACAAAAGGGCACACGUGAGAUGACAUGCAUGCACGCCACCACAUCUCCAUGGAGACCAAGUGAUGCCCACCCUGUGAAUAAAAACAAACACCAGUGCAUGAAGGGAAAAUGAACUUUAACGUGCCAGCACGCGUCUCUUUGAUGUUACCAAUAAUGGGAUUUUUUCUCUCUUUUCAUUUGAAUACCUAUGUAAUGAUAAUGAAUUAUAACAUUUUAUUUUUUAAAAGGCUUGUGAAUACAUACAAAUAUUUAACCAAUAUGAAUGUAGCGUGUACACGGAAUUCGCAUGAGAGAAUUAUUUUCUACUGAGGAUGUUUCUAAUUUGUUUAUCAUUACGAUUGAUUGUUCUUUAUCUAGAGUGAAGGUGGAUUAGAAUGGUGGGUUAGAAUGCAGCCUGGUUGUGAACUGCUUCCUAUUAAAAAGGCCAUUUGUGUCCAA